AUGUCGUGGAAGAAGUCUGAAAAGUUGAUGAGCACAAUUAGUCACUAUGCUGGCUUUCCGGCGACGGGAGUCAGUCUGCGACAGAUGGUCCAGUUCGGUGAAAAGCCGUCAACAGGUACACUCUUCCGUGCAUCACAGUUCCUCUCAGAAGAGCUCCCAAUUCGUCUGGCGCAUCGAGUAGAAGAGCUGGGCACCCUCCCAGAUGGCCUGAGCGAGAUGCCCUCGAUCAAGAAAGUGCAAGACUGGUAUGCUCAAUCGUUUGAAGAAAUCACAACGCUUAAACGUCCCGAGCUGGACAAGGACACACGGAACCGCCUUCUCAGCCCAUCGAGCAAAGGAUCUAAGAUACUCUCGCAGACCACCCAAAACCCCUCGUUGAAGUACCGAAAUGGAAAUGGCAGUUCCAAUUCAAGACGUUACUUUGCUCAUAUAGACGACGGCAACAAUUGGCCACCAGAACUCACGGAUUACAAUAAACGAUUUGCGCGGACAUUGGAAGGAAUAAAAAGACGGCAUGAUAGCGUGGUCACAACCGUUGCCCAGGGCAUAAAUGAAUACAAGCGCAAACGGCAACGCAUGCAGAUCGAUUCUUCCAUCCAGUCCUUCCUCGACCGCUUCUACAUGUCUCGCAUUGGCAUCAGAAUGCUAAUAGGCCAGCACAUCGCGCUCACAGAUCAGACAGGCGCCAGGCAUCCCAACUAUGUAGGCAUCAUCUGUACCAAAACCAACGUACGAGAACUGGCUGAGGAGGCCAUCGAAAAUGCCCGCUUCGUCUGUGAAGACCACUAUGGCCUUUUCGAUGCACCAAAGGUCCAACUUUUUUGUCCUCCCUCCCUCAACUUCAUGUACGUCCCGGGCCAUCUGUCACACAUGCUCUUCGAGACUUUGAAAAAUUCCCUGCGUGCUGUGGUAGAGACUCAUGGUGCGGAUAAAGAGGCCUUCCCGGUAACGAAAGUCAUCGUAGCAGAAGGCAAGGAGGACAUCACCAUCAAAAUCAGCGACGAAGGCGGAGGCAUAGCUAGAAGCGCCAUACCCCUGGUCUGGACAUAUAUGUACACGACUGUUGACCAAACGCCGGAGCUUGACCCCAGCUUCAAUGCCAAUACGGAACAGACGUCUACCUCCACCUCAACCGUCUCUCCUCCUCGUCCGAACCUCUACAAUAACAAUCAGCCUUCAGCGUCAGGAGGGGUGCCAGUACCCGUAGCACCACCACUACCACCAACAACAGCAGAUCCUACCAUGGCAGGAUGGACCACCAAGAAACAGACUACGACUACGAGGACGGAUACGGUACGGGCCAUCCGUUCGAGGUUGAAGAGCGGCACUCGACGAGAAGUAAGUGAGAGGAAACAGGUGGGUGAUGCGGAGGGGAUGGUGAAUGAGGAGAGGGCCGGAAGCGGAGCGAGCAGUGAGGGGCUGGAACAGUUGUGA